CACACAGAACACACACACACACACACACUGAUAUACACACAGACACACAGAACACACACACACACUGAUAUACAUACAGACACACAGAACACACACACACACUGAUAUACAUACAGACACACAGAACACACACACACACUGAUAUACAUACAGACACACAGAACACACACACACACACACACACACACUGAUAUACACACAGACACACAGAACACACACACCUUUAUUCAAUAACGUGUGUCACAGUUCACAGAUUGUGCAAUACUGUAAUACACGCAAAUACUGGCUCACUUAGACUAUUCUUUUUUUAAAUAUAAAAAUACCACUGGUAAUAGUUCUAAUUAUAAUAAUGGUAUGUUUUGUUGUACUAAUAGUGGGUUUUAUUGUUAUUUUUUGCAUUUUAUAAACAUUAUUUUAAUCACAGUGUGACGCACUUUAACUUGAACGUAAAAUCAGUGUAUGUACAACCUGCAUGACGCAUGCGCGGUAUAUAACUACAAAUCCCAGAAUGCAAUGCGAUAUGUUAUGUCACGUGACUUUGCGGUACCCCGAUAGUACAGUCGUUAAUUAGUGUUCAUUUAGCUCCUUUUAGUAACGUAGCGUUGUGACUCAACCGUUAUACCUUUUUAUUCAUUUGAAACACGAUUUGAACACUUCCUUUGGUCGUCUGAAUUGCGUGGCGAGUUCGCUAUCUUUUUAAAGCGUGUUCGCUAGCUCGCUUACUCGGCUAACCUCUCCUAUUAAGGGUCAAGUGUUUGGCGAAAUGAUCCAGGCUCGCAGACACUGGAGAUACUCGCUCGUCAAGUCAUGUGACCUACAAAGACCGCAGCGCCUCUCCUGAUAGACAAGUUUGGCUCCGCCCAUUUGGGCGUUUGUGGCUUUAGCAGAUGACGCUCCAGUGUUCCGAAAUAUUCUUUGCUUGUUUGUGCUCAGUUUGACCGAUGUUUCCUGUUGUUGCAGUCUGGCCCGAUAACGCCGAUAACCACCGCUGUUGUAGACUGAAUAUCAAAAAAAGGAAGGAACGCUUGCUUGCACAGAUGCGUGAGACGUUCGCCAGGAGCAGCGUGUCCUGCCUGAAAGGCUCCGACCUGCACAGCAUGUCGGCCGUGCGAGGAGACCCUUGUUGGAAGGUCUCGCAGCAGCUGCACCUCCUCAUCGAGAAGUCUUUGUCCCAGCGAUACCAGAAGCAGAUCUCUUCGGCAGUCCGAGACGAAGUGUCCCGGGUGCUGCCCUCGCUGGCGGCGGAGGACAGGACGUCGCCUCGGCCCCAAGUCGCCGCCCACGUCACGGGAAGCUUCGUCCCCGAGCUGGAGAGAGGAGCUGCAGGCACGGCCAGCCGGCGAGUCCAAGGGCAGAAGAUCACAUGGUGGGAGGGUCAAAAGGGGCUGGCCUUCCUCCAGGACGUCCAGCUGGUGGACGGCGAGCUCGUGGUCCCGCGCCCCGGCCUCUACUACAUCUACGCCCAGACCUACUUCAGACACACCCACGACGCGGAGGACGACUCGGCGGAGGACACGGGAAGACCUCUGCUGCAGUACAUCUAUAAAAAGGUGAGCACCUACCCGGUUCCCAUCCUGCUGAUGAAGACCAGCCGCACCUCCUGCUGGUCCCGGGAGUCCCAGUUCUCGCUGCACUCGGCCCACCAGGGGGGGCUCUUCCCGCUCAGCCCCGGGGACCGCCUCUUCGUCUCAGUGACCAACGCCUCCGCUGUGGACAUGGACGAGAAAAGCAGCUUCUUCGGGGCCUUUCUCAUCAGCUAAGACGCCCACAGACCACAGGGGGCGCUGUCGGGACUUUUACUACAAGCUGGAAAGUCGGAAGGACGAAAACAUGGAAGCGAGGUAUGAUCGCACCGUCACUUACUUGUAAUACUCAGCUCCACCGCUAGAGGGCGCGCAUCCACUGCAACAAACACUACAGCUUCUCCCAGUGAGGCUCCACACUGAUAAAUGAAAGCAUUUUGAUAUUUUUCAUUUUCAAAAUCAAUACAUUAUUAUUUUAAUUUUAAGGCUUACCUCAGGUUUAGGUGCCAGGGAACCCAUAAGGGUCUCAGUCAUAAUGUUAAAAAUUAAUCAUAUAUCAUUUUUUAUUCAACACUUAAAUCUCUAGAUCAACUUCGGGCCUAUUUGUCGAUAUACAUUUUUAAAGUGUUUUAUGCCCUUUUUGUCCAUUCAAGAAAACCCUCGUUUUUAUGGCAAAAACACAAAAUACCCCUAAAAAAAAUGUUCAAAGUGGAUUAUUUGAUGUGAAGUAAUUGGACCCCUAAUUAGGUCAAUAAUUCCUAACAUUCGUUUCAUAAUUAUUUUUUUUGAGUUAAACCAAAAGGGAACUCAUAAGUGUUCAAAGUAAGUCUUACUUUCUCAGAAAGGUCAUUCUGUCCAUACAAAGAAACAUUUUUGUCUUUUUUAGAAAACCGUUUUUGAAGUAAAAACACAAAAUAUACAAUAUUUUCCCCAAAAUAAUUUUCAAAGUGGAAUAUUUGAUGUGAAUUAAUUACAGCCCUAAUUAGGUCAAUAAUUAAUCAAUUGAUUUUAUCAUUUUUUGAGCAGUGAGUUAAAAAAAAAAUCGCACUAAAAUUCUUGGGGUUCCAAAAAUAAGUCAUACAUAUUUUUAUUUUGCUUUUAACACUAAAGUCUUACUAACUUCAGAUCUAUCUGUUGAGUUUAAGUUUUUUUUUUAAGUUUUCUUUGACAAAAAAGAUGUAAAACAUGUGGCAAACACCCCAAAACAUUUAAAAGUGGAAAUGUUUGUGAAGUAAUUGGAACCUUGAAUAAGUCAAUCAUUAAUAACAUUGAUUUUGUUGUUUUCGUGUAAUUAGAUUCAAUAUCGCAACCUUUUCUGCUUACAUUUCACUGGUUUGAUCUUUUAUUCCACUUUGUUUUGUAAAAAGUAUUUUUAGAAGGUGCCUUGGACCGUUAGAUAACUAAAUGCCCGCUCCACACUAAUGAAGCAGGCUCACAUCUUGAAAUAAAGUUACUUUGCUUACUAACGUACAUUUUGCAAUUCCUACAAAUCUUUUCUCAUACCCUGAAGUUGCCUCAUCAAUCGAUACAAAUAUGUCAAUAAUCAGCUAUUUUGCUUUUUUUUUUAUCAAACACUGGCUAUAAAUGAUUAAUUUGUAACAGCUCACAUGAAACUGUAGCUUUAUGGUCCCGACAUUAAAACGUCCCACGGUCAUGAAUGCAGCGUUGUAGCAUUUUUUUUAAAAACGUCAACGCGGGGUUAAAAGGAAACAUGUUAAAUUGUAAUGGGUCAAGUUGUAAAUGAAAUGUGAAUGUAAAUAAGUGUUAUGUGUAAAUGUGUGCAAUAAAUGUUCCCUACCCUGUUGUACAACA